AUGAACUUCGGAUUCAGCGGCAUCGACGAGCUGAACGGGCUGGACAAUGCCCUCAUUGAAGAGAUCGAAAAGGAGACGAAGGGCGCAGGGGACAACAAGCGAAAAUUUGACGUCUACGAUGAGUACGAAUUGUUAGAGUAUGUUUAUAAAAAUAACUUAACUACUGAUGAUAUAUUUUUUAAGCCCCAACAAAUAGAAUCUAGAUGCAGAACAGAAUGCGCCAAAUUAGCUAGCAGUAAUGAAGACAUCGAUGAGUAUCUCAAGAUUUACGAUUGCAACGAUAUUUACCCUCCUGUGUAUGUAAAGAAGUUGGCUUAUGAAGGGAAACAGGUGGGGAGAAAAAAAUACAUGGCAGAUCUGGGCGAUGAUGCGGAGGCAGACCAACAAGGUGGUGGAAACUGGACAGGGAGCUCUUUCCUGAGAAGAAAUAGCGAGGGGUUCAGAAAAACGCUGGAAAAGGUUCUACAGGAAAUUAAAGAGGAGGACAAGCAAAGGAAGGAGAAGAGAGAAAAUCAGCUAACAGAAUCGGGGAAAGUCUCCAAAGAUGAAGGAAAAAACGCAAAAAGGGAAAACCCCAAAUCGGGGAAAACCAUGAAUUCACAAAAGUGCGUCAAUUUUGUGGAGAAGUACAGGGCAAAAUAUUUCUCAGAACUCCUGACAGACGAAGCCAUUAACAGGGAAGUCCUCCUAUGGAUGAAGCAAUGGAGUGAGCGAAUAGGAAAAGGGCCAACAAACAUGACAUCUACUCAGGGAAAUGAUAAGAACGAGGAAGAAGAAGCCAAAAAGAACAACGAAUUUCAACGAAUCUUACUUCUAGGUGGGUCAGCAGGAAAGGGAAAAACAACUCUAGCGUAUGUAAUCGCAAACCAUUUUAAAUUCAACGUAAUUGAGAUCAACGGAAGUGAUGACAGAAACAAGGAGACGUUAAUCCCGCUAGUCGAGUCUAUCGUGUGUAACAACUCCAUAGGGUCUAAACCCAAUAUAUGUAUCAUCGACGAGAUUGAUGGUCUAACCAGCUCGCAACAAAACGUAGAAGCUGUAAUGAAAUUUCUAACGAAGAAGGACAGGAGAAAUAGGAGCAUCAUCAGGAGACCAAUAAUUUGUAUAUGUAAUGAUAUUUAUCACAAAAGUCUUAAGGAACUCCGAAAAAUAAGUAAAGUCGUUGUGGUGGACAGUGUCAACUACGAAAUGUUGAAGGCGAGAAUUAAUUUCAUUUGCGACCGGGAGGGUAUCAGCAUAGGUAAUGAGACUGUUAGCAAGUUGGUCGAAAUUUGCAAGGGGGACAUUCGGGCGAUUUUAAACACGAUUUGUUUUCUCAGCAUCGGGGGGGGCACUUCGAGUGGCAGUACCAUUGGCGGGGCUAGCGGGGCGCCUGUUGUGGGCCCCCCCGGGGACGGCCUGCACCGGUCACACAAGCAGAAGCGCAAGGUAGUCAUCACCAUGGACCUACUCAACGCAUACCUAUUCUACAAAGACGCAAACAACAACUACAUGGAGCUCCUCAACAUGAUUUAUGUGAAAAACAAAAACAAAAAAAUAAUCAAACAGUUACUACACCACUGUCACCAAUUUUUCCAUCUUAACUUAUCCAACGAAUACAAUUACCUCCAGUCCUACUACUACGUCUACGAUAAUCUAAUGAAUGUACCAUUCAACGAUUUCGAUUUUUGCAAACUGAGUUAUUGUCUGGAUUUUCUCACCUUCUGUGAUACCUUGGAAUAUAGACAGAAACAAAUUUUGAGUUACUCCUUACAGAAGACCUUGUUCUAUGCUGUCUACCUUUUCAUUCUCAUCAUUCACCUAAACGUGAAUACACACGUGCAAUACAUCCUCAUGCACAACAGCCAUAGUAACUUUAACCGAUCCAAACAACUGAGUGUGAAGCAAAUAAAGGAUAAUUUUUUAAAUGAUACUUUCGGGGCUAUAACGUAUAAGUAUAUCUACUCCAAGCACUUCUUCUUUGAGACUCUUAAUUAUAUUUUCUCCUUCUUCUACAUGAAUGAGUUCUUUUACAGAAAUGUGCAUCUAUGGGGAACAGCUAGCUAUUUCAACGAUUUGGAUCAUGUCCCCAAAUAUGUCCUUGUUCCUUACCACUUUCACAAUGUGAAUAAAUUAAAAUUAUUCUGUUUGAAGUUGCUCCAUGUGAUGACCCUUUUUAACAUUUCAUUUACGAACGUUUCUGUGUCUUCUUCCUCCUCGGUGGGUUCCUUUCACUUUGGAGUGCCCAGGGCUAACCAGCCCUUUCGGGGAUCAGCACCCGGGACGGGGGGGGGAGCCAUCAACCGGGUUGGCGGUAACCCGGUCGGUGGUAACCCUGUUGGAGGUAGCGCAGUUGGUGGUAGCGCAGUUGGUGGUAGCGCAGUUGGUGGUAACCCCAUCGGGGGGGGCGAGGUCGACAAGGUGUACGUGUUCGACCCGUACGUGGAUGACCUCCUGCUGUACGCGGAAAAGAAGGAGAGCGGCUACAGGCAAUUCCAGCAGACGGCCAAACCCACGACAGCCACCUGCCAGGCGAACACCUUUCACUUCCACACCAUGGAGAGCUUCCUCACCAACACCGUGUGUGAAAAAUUAAACCAAUUGAAGAAAUGGAUUAAUAAUCAGUCGAUCUACUUUUACGAGAAAAAAAAGAAGCAACCAAACCAAAUGCACGUUAUUAAGGCUUCUUCUUCUUCCUCCAAGGGACACAAAGGAAAAUUCGAAGUUAACUACACUCCCAAUUUUGAAAAAUCUCUAAGUGAUAUAAUUUUAAUUGCACACCAGAAAGGGUAUCAGAAGGCCUUUUCUAUGUAUUUCCCAAAUGAGCUAGCUGAAGAUGUCGUGGGUUCUACCUCUGGAAGGUUAGAUGCAAAAACGGGUUCAACGGAUAAACAGACAAAGGGUGCAGGUGCACAGGGGGCAAACCUCAAAAAUGAGCAGAACAUUUUGAAGACGAAGAUUUUACACAACACGGGCGAUGCUGCUCUCACCAUCGCCGACCUGAUCAGAGAAGAAAAGAGUUACAUGGACCGGACCAUCAACAAAGAGACGAGGAUUUACUUCACGGGGAAGUACGUCAAGACCAAGGGCUAUUACAAAUACAUCGAGGAGCGCUGCAAUGCGGUUCUCCAGCCCCUGCACUUUUGCGUCUUCCAGGGGAGCUAG